AUGUACUUUAUAAAUCUCAACAGUAAGAACACCUCAUCAGGUGGUUCUAUCAAGAACCAUCCUAAGUCGCCUCAACACGGGCGGCCUCAGCCGGUCAAUGACUUUGACAUUCAAGAUGCUGCUCUCGCCGGCGAAUUGAAGGAAUCUAGUAACGACUCACAUCCUCUUGAAGCAUUUGAGUCGUGGGUCCGGAGUGGGGAGUGGAAGAAGUCUUUUCCUUUUGGAGCCUUCGCCUCCGUCGACAGUGAGGAGGUCAGCAAGUUUGGUCGUCCUACCGAACCUCGCGCGAUCAGUAAUGCCCGGUGGGGCCGAUCUAGCUCCAUCCAAGACUUCAACACGGCCAGAUUCAACCAGGGCCAGGGCCUCGUGACAGGAGACAACAACAUUUCAGGUCCGGCCAAUAACCCCGGAGUGGUCAACAGCUUUGGCCCGGCCAACAAUCACGGAAUGGUCAACAGCUUUGGCCUGGCCAGCAACCACGGAAUGAUCAACGGCUUUGGCCAGGCCACCAACCACGGAAUGAUCAACAGCUUUGGCCCGGCCAACAACCUCGGCCAGGCGAGUGACGGCUUCCAUCAGGGCGCAGCCGUCGCCCAGGCCAACCCACAUGCCGGCUCCGCCGGUGUCCAAGCACAACAUCAAACAUCCUUAUACAGCGAGUGCAAAUCGCAACCCGUCUAGCAGACGGGCGCGAGGAAGUGCCGAGGAUGUCUGAAGAACCGUGCUGGGAAGGGAAGGCUCGAGGCCCAAAGGCGCAAUGCCGCGUUAGGUCUAGGCACAUGCACCAAUUGCCUGUGGCGUCCACAGAGAGGACCUGGUCUCUUCUGUCAACACUGCUACAACGAGCAGCAGAAUCAACAAAUCCCUGCGGAGCAGGACGCCCAUGAUCCCGAGGAGGGUGCUGAGGA